AGAAAUUGGUGCUAUAUUGUCACUGCAAGAGUGUGAGAAAAUUCUUUCGAAACUUGACGGAAAUGCAACACUAUCAAAGUACCAAAUAAGUAGAAUUGGUGAUAAGGUUUUCGGAUUUUUAGCGGAACAUUACUAUGUGACCAUUGAAUAUACAAAAAAUAAACGAAAUGGAAUAUAUUCUCAUCGGUUUUUUCUAAAAACAAUGCCAACGGCGAAUGCAAUACAGAAAGAUUACAUAGAAAACAUGGGCAUAUUCAACAAGGAAAUAUUGAAUUACAAAAAUGUCCUUUCGGAGUUCUCUCAACUGACAAAGGCACCUUUCGCUGCGAAAUAUUAUUUUUCGAAGAGUGACUGUCUCGUGCUCGAGGACUUAUCUUCAUUGAAUUACCAGAUUUGUACUAUGGAAUAUCUGGAUCAUGGAAAAUGCGUAGGUGCUUUAAACGCUUUAGCUAGACUACACGCCAGUUCUAUAAUAUUCGAGGAGGCAAGAAGCACCAAAGAAAAACCAUACAGGUUAAACGAACAUUUCCCUGAAGAACUAACUGAAGCAACGUUUUCCUUUCAAGAAGGUCAUGUAAGAAACGAAUGGUGUAAAACCGCCAUCAGCUGUCUUCAGCAACUAAGUAGGUAUUUUACCAAUAAUGAAGAAGUCGCGUUAAAGAUCAAGCGGUAUGUGUUUUCUGAAAAUGGUAUGAAAAAGUAUUUAAAGCCGUCGAAAAAGUACAGGAACACUAUUUGCCACGACGACCUCUGGUGUAACAAUAUGAUGUUCAACGAAAAGGACGAAUGCAUGCUACUGGAUUUUCAGUUGUCUAGGUACACCCCACCAAUUUUUGAUGUACUUUUGUUUCUGAACAUGUGUACAACUGCAAGUUACUUGAACAAAAAUAUAGAAUACCUUCUAGAUCUAUAUUACAAUUUCCUGAUAAAUGAGUUGUCACGGUACGAUCUAAAAAUAGUGGAGAUAAUUUCAAAAGAUGAUUUUCUAGCUAGUGCCGAAGAAUACAAGUUACCUGCAUUAGUUGAAGCUAGCUUAUAUGGUACAAACACCUAUUUACCUGAGUCAUUAUCAAGUGUAGUCGUUUCGUGCCCGGAAAAUUUUUUAGAAUUCACAAUAAAAAACAGGCCAUCUUUCGUAUUAAAGGAAUUUGAGUGUAACCAGGAAUAUAGAGAGAGAUUUAGCACUGUUCUAAAACCUCUAUUCAACACAAUUGAGGAAAUGGAAAUAAAUUAAUUCGACGAAUGUGAUAAAGGAUUUAGGGUUUUUAGACUGAUAUUUCCAAUGAUUUGAGUCAUUAAAUAAAUUAAAUUUUAGA